AUGUAUUUCAUCAAAGAUACGAAAUCAUUGGGAAAUGGGCAUAUGGCCAAUUUUCUACCGUGUGGCUAUCCAGAGACCAGCUGUGAGCUACAAAAGGAUGUCACUUUGAAAAUUCUCAAAGCUGGCGCCUCGGAGAAUAGCCAAGAGCUUUCUAUCCACAAUGAACUAUCAUCGGCACAACCACACGCUGGCAAGGAGCAUGUUAUCCCGCUUCUGGACCAUUUUGAACACGAAGGCCCGAACGGCGUGCACCUUUGUCUUGUGUUUCCUUUAAUGAUGUCCGAUGGCGAGGCAAUGACCAUCCGCGGGAAGGGUCGCAAUGCAAGCUAUGUGCGGGCAGUAUCAAGACAAAUUAUCCUUGGCUUGGAUUUUCUUCACCAGAACAACAUGAUUCACGGUGAUUUGCAACCUGCGAACAUCUUAUUUACGGUAAAUGAAAUCCAGUGUCGGGACUUUUUGAUACAUCCGCAGUUCAGUCCCGUUCGUUGGCUUCCUGGAAUCACGCCAGACUCUAGUGCUCCGCGCUAUUUGAUGGUCUCCCAGCGGCCCCGUGGUAUGUUGGAUGAUGCAAGUGCUUCAUCUUUAAUGGUCAAAAUAGGAGAUUUGGGCGGAGCCAUCCGAACAAAUGAUUCUAAUUCUUCCCCCGUUACCCCUCUGGCGCUGAGAGCCCCCGAACUUAUCGAAGGGCAGGCGUGGGACGAGAAAAUUGAUAUUUGGGCAUUGGGAUGCUUGAUAUUUCAACUUGCAACGAACGAGCCACUUUUCCCUUUGAUGUCAUUCGGCUGUGGAGUGGAAGAAAUGCGAAAGGAUUUGAAAACUCUCAUUCAACAUGUCUUGGGUAGAGGCUACAAUAACUUUGCGAUCUAUGUUGGUGAAAGGUUGCCAUCUGAUUUUGGUUCGAAAGAUAUAGAAGCAUUUGCCUUGUUUCUGACUUCGAUGCUUGAACGAUCCCCGCAAAGCCGGGCUACGGCAGACGAUAACCGCCACCUGGUCAAGUUAUUAUAUCAGCAUAACUCCUUCCAUUAA